GGCAACGACUUUACUCAAGUGAUCCGCCUCGGUCUCGUGCUGACUUCACUCACGAGAGAGAACAUGUUAAGAAAAUCAAGGCCAUUCGGUCUAAUUCUUUGAUACACUACUACUUCUUCUCGACCACGAUGUGCAGGAUCCCUGGCCUAGUAACCCAAGAACCUUGAUGCAGCUGAUACUUCUCUCUCAUUGAGCAACAAGACCGAGGAUUCAACAACCUUCUCUGAAUGCAAGCAAAAAUUGUUUCUCUUUGCUUCUCACUCGAAUGGGAAUGAAAUUGAAAGUAGUAUGUCUGCCAAUUUUUUUUGGUAGGCCCACACCGAACCUAACCUAAAGUAGACGUAGUCGUAGAUCAUUGAUGCAACUAUGGGCAUGAGGAUCGGUCGUAGGCCGCGCUGCACGCGGUAGUGGCAGCCCCCGAUUCCCUUGCCGCGGUUCGAGGAGCAGAAACAUCAACGCAACAAGUGGUUUGUAAUCCUCUGCUACUACAGCUCAGGUUCUCCUUGAGGCUAUCGACUAGAACAAGACACUCUUCACUAUCAGUCAUCUGGCGUGCUAAGCAGGUAUCCACAAUUCUGAGUGGAUAAAGAUGUCGGCGCCUUCCGAUCGAAUGCCGUUUGCCCCACAAUCGGUCGAAUUUGUGAACCGAGCUGACCUUGUCGUGCCAAUUAUUAUGCUUCCAAGAUGAUGAACUGAAGGGGGACUCGCUAAUCAACUAACUAACCACUCAACCAACUAACUAACUACUUACCUAACUGGCUACUAACUAACCACUCAACCAACUAACUAACUACUUACCUAACUGGCUACUAACUAACUAACUAGCUAGCUAACCACUCAACCAGCUAUAUUACCAACUACUUACCUAACUAACUGACUAACUAACUAACUACCGAACUAGCUACUAACUAGCUAACUACCUCACUAACCACCAGUUUAUUCACUACUUACCUAACCAACUACCUAACUAACUAACUAACUAACUAACUGACUGACUAGCUAACUAACUAACUAACUAACUAACUAACUAACUAACUACUUACCUAGCUAACUAGCUACUAACGACUUAAUUAGCUAACUACCUCAUUAGCCAGCUAACUAACUACUUACCUGACUACCUCACUAACUAACUCACUAGCGAACUAACUGACUGAGACUGACUAACUAACGAACUAACUACUUAUCUAACUAGCUACUAGCUAACUAGCUAUCUACCUCAAUAACCAGCUAACUAACUACUUACCUAACUCACUAACUAACUAACUAAGUACUUAACUAGAACAUAGCUACAGCAAAAGCAGAUCUAAGAUUAUGAACCAACGAGGACUGUCACGGUUAACUAGAUGAUGUGUACAGCAGCUCACUCUUCUCGUCUAAAAUCGACCAGCUGUCGCGGCCUAAAGGAGUGAAGUACGAGUGCGAAAUAUGUGGAAAACCAGCGAAGUUGAUGGCCACGGAGUGUCCAGCCCACUACUGCAGUUUUGAGCACUUCGACAUCGAUUGGAGGGGCAUCAAAUCGCUUAUUGCACAAGGUACUGAUUUUUGGCAUCACCUCUUCGUUUUUGUACUGUCACAAAGUCAAACCUAUCAUGCUUCUGAUAUAAUAUCGAGAUCCUUCCCCAUAAUGCAUGGUUAAAUUCAUCGAAUCAGUCUACAUACUCCUGUUUUCGUCAUCGUGGUGCAACGAGAAAAAUCCUGGUCUAAACAUCACUGAACAAAUUCACAAACAGACUUAGUGUAUUUGAAGACGGAUAAGGGGAGUGGCGAAAAGAAGGACGAAAAUGCUGUCAAGGCGAUUCGUACUGAGUUUAUGGGCAGUAGUAGUCGAAGAUGAUUAUCUUCCUUUGAUUUUCUCCCAUCACUCCCCUUCCUAGUUUCUAAGUACUAAAAAUAACUACUAUUAGUAAGGAUAAUGGAUUAAAGCUCAACUAGUACUGUCAAGGGACGAAAUCGACGAGGACUACGAAAGUCGUCUAAUCAUUUGCUGGAAUUAUCGACCGAAACGGCACAGAAGUUCUUGGUUCAGGGAAAAUAUGAUCUUGCAGUUCCUGGCGCUCUGCAGAGUCUUAAAUUUGCUAUCGACAUCUUCUUAUGGCGAAAUUUCCUGUUCAUCUUCAUGUCUGUGUCUCUCAGAAGCAUCUCUUUCGUAUCCUGUGUUUUUCCAACAAGUAGAGUACAGGAAGGUGAAGGUGUUAGUUGUACCCUUUCAUCCGUUUAUUGUUCCCAUAGAAGAAUAGAUCAAGGGUAAUAUUUCGCAGGGGUAAUAUUUCGCAGGGGUAAUAUUUCGCAGGGGUAAUAUUUCGCAGGUGGUUCCAAGGAGAUGGGAGGACCGAGAUGAGUUAAAUGGCGACACGACUCUAAUCUUCGGACCUGAGUCGGUGGAGCUUGUCGGAUCCUAUCUGCUACUUGCGGUACUUCUACUUCAUCUACUAACUUAGUACAAUUAAAAGCAACAUCAUCUAUAAGUAAACUGCUUAUUAUGUUAGUGAGUCUUCACACUAGGUACAACUAGUUACAUACUCUAUAAUCGACGUCUACAAGAAAAGACCUUCUAGUAGUACAUAGUUUGCAUACUCUAAAAUCUACGUCUACGAGAAAUUAUACUACUAGUAUAGCGGAAGUUAGUAUAGUUUAAUUUCCUCGUAAAAAUCUUAUCAUCUUUCACCAGGAAGCCAAUUUGGGUUUGCGGAGGCUAAAAGUUGCGGAAGAGUUUCUGUCUUUGGCGAAUUGGAAUUUGCUCAAGGAUGGCACAGGGGAUUCGAAAUUGAUGAGCCAUCUUCAGCGAAAUUUUGGAAGACUCUACGCAGCACAACAGAGGUACCUACAACACUUAUGAGUUCUUGAGGUUGAGCUCGAGAAAGUGAAAGUUGUUGUGCUCAAGAUGAAACAUCAUCUUCUCCAUCUGGAAGAUGAAACAUCACUUAGGUCAUCUAAGUCUAACAUCAUGAUCUGUGAAUGUUGAUCGUCUCUUCAGGUAUAGCGAGUCGAUCCAAGCCUUUGCAAUCGAUAUUUACUAUAGCUCCUUAGAGCACGGACCGGACUCGAUUCGCACAGCUCCAAGCUACUUCCACAUGGGACGCGUCUUCCAGUCAUACUUAUGACACAACUUCCAGUCAUACUCUUACCUCACUGUUACUGUUAUAACUUAUUACUGGUUGUUCCUUAUGACACAACAUCAUGUUGAUGAAGAAGAUGACGUUCUUGUUAUAGAAGUAGAGAAGAAGUAGAACAAGAGGAUACAACUCCCCCACUCCCCUCCUCCCUCCGGGAGACUGGUAGGGAGCGACCGACCGGGGGAACGACCGGCCCGCACGCGCCACUGCUGGGCUCCCUUUGUCGAUUGUUGAUGAUGAGACCCUUUGUCGAUUGUUCAUGAUGAGAUUGAAUCUCGCAAAAGGGCAGAAGAUCUGGAUAUGCUACACAACAAGAACAGAAAGAACUCUGCGACCUCCCAGUAGGAGAUGUGCUGCGUAUCUCCUCCUGAGUACAGCACUCGUCUAAUCCAUCCGAAAAAACACCACCACACGGAGCCGUUCUACUCAAAGGUGGUGCAGAAUUGCACCUCUCAUCUCGAAACUGCGGUAGUUGACGGUGGUUCUUUUAUGCCUGAUAGGAGUUAAAGUUAUAGUGUCUCUAAGUAUCUUUCUCGGACAGUCAGUAGUUGCACUAGUACAUGUUGUAUUUGUUCUAGUUGUUGAGCCCGGCACCUUUUUUCAUAUCCUCGGCAGCAGCGGGUGAAGUUACGAUGGUGGAGGCAGAAGAGGUGCUCGAGAUCGUAAAGCACGUGGAGGAUUACCGAGCAAAAAAAGCUGCUGAGCUCUCAGAACCAAGCGCUACUGAUGGCGGGCUGAUUUUAGAAGCACAGUAUUGAUAACUUUGACACUACACUACUUAGAGCAGUUAGUAGAUGCUCAUGCUUUGUUCUAGUUUAUAUUUAUGAAUUUACUAGAACCUCAUCUACAAUCUACUGGCGGUAUAAUCGCCCAUGAUGUGUUGGAUUCUCACAAAAACGUGCACAGUAGUGCCUUUAUUUUUCCCAAACCAUAACAGUGGCACUUCCUGCUCGCAAAGCAGUUACUGUCUCUCGUUUUCAUCAUGAUCUCUCACUCACUCUGAAUCCCUCACCACACCAGGUAUUGUCUCGGUCUGUUGUGUCUGUUCAUGAAGGACUUUGCAUCAGCGAAGAGUUACAUAGAUAGCGUUGCAGCUUCUACUCUUCCGCUACCCUGCGUGCAGAAAGCACGCACGCUCGCGACACGACCAGAUCUGGAAAUAAAACCCAUCACGGAAUAUUAAAGUAGAAGUCGUGAAGAUGGAAUGCAUAUCAACAUGUAGUCACGGAAUGAACUAGUGCUGAUACCAUCCAUGGAGGUGGUAGUUAAAUAUCACGAAGUUAGUCCGAACGUCUAGGAGGUGACAUGACAUGACAUGAAUAAGCGGCCACAGAAGAAGCUUCGUCGAGUAGUUGUUGGGGCGGUGACACAAACAACUCGGUCAUCAUCUUCGCUGCAACAUUCGCUAAUUUAGAUUUACAAGAACAAGUCAUCAAUCCAUUAAUAUUCCACUCUCUUCGCUCUCGCUGAGGUUAUCAAAUCCAAAGUACAUGAUCGACUUCGUUCAAGAUCAAGUUAUUUAAUCCAAAGUACACUUCUUCCAUCGCAAAGUACAUCAACUACAAAUAUCGCUAAGAAUACUACAAGUCUAAAGGUUGUUCUCCGAACUCUACUUGUACAUCUCAUGAUUCAUGAGUCAUGAACGCACCGGCUCCUCGAUGAAAUUAAAACUACACACCCAAGUCCUGGAUCUUUAUUCUGGGUUAUAAUUUGCAUGGCUUCAUCGGGGGAGAUUCGAAUACUCUGUGAUUGAUAUCUGCGUGGGUGUGUGUGUUCAAUUAUU